GUGGUGGGGCAAAACAGCCCCUUGAGCCGCACCAUGAAGCCCAGCACGAAGGUCCGAGAUACGCUUCGGUCUUUCGAAAACACUACUGCAGCCUCAAGAAGAACCGUCAACAAUGAUGCACGGACUUCGCCUGCAGAAACGGAAACCGAACGGGCGGAGGAGGGCAGGAAAGGCCGCGGCCAUGGCGAAACAGGAAACGCGAUGCUCCAGAGGGUUCUGGAGUUGUUGGACAGAUCCAACAGCGAGAUGAAGAGUCUAAAGGAUGCUGUCCUCGAACAAAGUAUCACGAUCAACAAGCAGCAAGACUUAAUCCGGCACCUGCACCAGCAGAUCGAAGAGACACAACGAGAAGUCCGAGACACUAGGGAGGAGCUGAAACAAGCUCGCGAGCAACUGGAAACCAUCAAGACCAAC